CCACCAGGCCAGCCACCCCGGUCAGGCCACCACUCCUCCCUACUUUUCUCCUCAUUCGCCACCCUCUAAAAUCUCCUUCGUCUUUCUCUCCUCCCAACCAAGAAGGGGAUCCACGCUCGCUUGAUUUUCAUUUGGGAAGAAGAAAUUUAUUUUUUGGUCUCAGAGUAGAAGGUGGGGAGAAGAGAUGAGCGGACGGGUGGAUCACGAGUACUCCUACCUGUUCAAGAUGGUGCUCAUCGGGGAUAGCGGCGUCGGCAAGUCCAACAUACUCUCCCGAUUCACCCGCAACCACUUCUCCCUCGACUCCAAGUCCACCAUCGGCGUGGAGUUCGCCACCAAGUCCUUGCAGAUGGAGGGAAAAACAAUAAAGGCUCAGAUCUGGGACACAGCUGGUCAGGAGAGGUACCGUGCAAUUACAAGCGCAUAUUACCGGGGCGCUGUAGGGGCUCUCCUUGUAUAUGACAUCACAAAGAAGCAGAGCUUUGACAAUGUUAAUAGGUGGCUGCGUGAGCUCCGUGAUCAUGCUGACUCCAGCAUUGUCAUCAUGAUGGUCGGUAACAAGUCUGACCUGACACAUCUAAGAGCUGUCUCUGAAGAUCAAGGCAAGGCACUGGCUGAAAAGGAGGGCCUGUUUUUCCUUGAGACAUCAGCUAUGGAGGCUGUAAAUGUGGUAGAAGCCUUUCAGACUAUCAUCACAGAGGUCUAUGGUAUUGUCAACAAGAAAGCACUGGCCGCCAAAGAAGCAGCAGCAGCAGCUGUUCCAUUGCCUUCCCAGGGUAAAACCAUCAGCAUUGACAGUACUACCGGGAACUCAAAGAAGGCAUGCUGCAAUACUUGAAAUGUAGACAUCAUACCGUAGAGAAUCGGGAGCGGGAAUCAGCAGCAGAGCAGCUUAGUUGAACUGGUGCGAAGGCAUUUCUACUCCUUUUGUUUCUCUGUUGCGCAAACAUCCUGGAGUACACUGCCGUAGGGGCAGUUUGUUCAGCAUUUCUGGAAGUUAGAUGUGUGUAUUAGGAUUCUGUUCCAUUUUCCGCUAUGAAAGUUACAUUAUACUACCUCUGUAAACAAUAUAAGAGCGCUUAUAUCACUACUUUAAUGAUCUAACACUCUUAUAUUUCUUUACGGAUGGAGUACUACAAUAUAUGUCGGAUUAUACAUCA